UAAGCGUAAGAUUUUAAGUGAUUUAUAAAAUGUGAACAAAUUGCACAAGUGGCGAUCGUCUCGGCUGAUCGGACGGGAGAAGUCUUGAUCUGGAUGGCGUAAUGCAGACAUUAUAUAGAGCUAGGAUGUUGCAUACUGAAGUACUUGUCCUCAUUAUGACACUCUCUGUAUCUUCUGUUAUAACCACAACACUCCUUGAACCAUCUUCCGAAUGUUGGCACGUAUAUAACACUACCAGUGGACAGAUUUCGUCGCCAAACUUCCCUAAAGAUUACCCAGACUAUGUACAAUGCGACUAUUUCAUUAGACCACAAAUGUCCAACGUGUCAAUCAUUAAGCUUGAAGCAACGCACUUCGAUCUGGAGGGCGGAUAUGAUCAAAUUGAGAUUCGAGAGACUGGUCCAGAUGGUCGUUUUAUUGGAAUAUUCAGCGGCAAUGUGAUGCCAACUCUUUAUGCCAAGGCUUUCUGGUUGAGGUUUGUCACUGAUCACAGCAUAGCCAAAUCAGGAUUCAUGUUAAAAUGGUCAGUGGGUACAGAUGGAAUUCGACUUGUCAAUGGAAGCAAUCACAUGGAGGGACGGGUGGAGAUCUUCUAUAACUCGACGUGGGGCACAAUCUGCGAUGAUGCGUGGGGCAAAACCGACGCCAAAGUCGUGUGUCUCAUGCUGGGAUUGCCAGACUUGCAGUGGUUGGCGUUUGCAUUUGCUACAUAUGGCAGAGGAACCGGGCAAAUAUGGCUGGACAAUGUUGGGUGCUUUGGCAACGAAACAACGUUACUUUCCUGUUCGUCUAUCGAGUUGGGGAAGCACAACUGUAACCACGGGGAAGAUGCUGGCGUCAGAUGCACAGAAUCUUAUGAAAAAGUUAAUCGAAUGCAAAGAAAGAAACAAAGUUUUCCAAAAGGCUGUGGUGGCUACUAUAACGACUUGGAAGGCCAAAUAACUUCUCCCCAGUUCCCACUGUAUCCAAAUUUUGCUCACUGUGAGUAUUACAUAUACCCUCCAGUAUCUACCACAAAUGUGACGCGACUCACAUUCCAAACAUUUGGUCUGGAAAAGGGGGCUGAUUUUUUAGAGAUUCGGGAAGAUGGAGCAAACGGCGUUGUACUCGGCAGGUUCACGGGAGACCACCUUCCUCCGGUGUUCUUUGCGAAACGCCUGUACUUGUUGUUUACCUCGGACAACUCCCGAACAUACCGAGGAUUUCAAGCGGAAUGGUCUAGUACGGAUACCGGCGUCAGAUUACGGAAUGGCACGUGGUUUGGGGAAGGCAGGUUUGAAAUGUUUUACAACAAGAAUUGGGGAACGGUUUGCGACGAUUCUUGGGGCAACGAGGAAGCGACGGUUGUGUGUUCCAUGCUAGGAUACGUGGGCUUUGGUGCCAUGGGCUUACAGGGCGGACGGUAUGGACGUGGGACUGGUCCCAUUUUUAUUGAUAAUGUCGGUUGCCUUGGUAACGAAAACAACAUUUUGGAUUGCUCUCACGGGGGACUGUACCAACACAACUGUAACCACGGAGAGGAUGCAGGCGUUAUUUGUGGAAAGAGCACCAUGGACUCUGGAGAUUCGACGCCCAACAAGAUGGACAAUGCCACGAUAGCCAGCCUCCUGGAGGCAGUAAACAUCUCGUGUGGUUCCAUGAAGCUCGUGGUCUCGGUGGACAUGGUGUUGCUCAACUCCCUGUUCCCUUUCCUCGACCAGUACAACCAGUACCUCAGUCUAGCGGCGGACGUGGAGGAAUGUCGCGGGGAUACCCUAAACAACGGACCACAACUCCUCUUCCAGAUAGACGUCACCGACUGUGGGAUGAUCAUCAGUGAAACCGAAGACUCCGUGUUAUUCCACAACAAACUAGUUUCUCACACCAACUCAUCUGUCCAGACGGAGACGUUUCGAACGGGCCAGACUCUGGCCGUCCCCCUGGAGUGCUCGCUGUCAAAGACUGUGGUCCUCGCUAACAGACUGAAGUCGUUCGAAACGCGCGUUGAAGGCGAGACCAUCAAGGGUAAUGGGAAUUUCAGCGCCACGAUGGACUUCUACAAGGAUUCCGCUUUCGCCUCGAUGAUUUACGACUACCCCGCGUACGUUCAGCUAGGGCAGGAGUUGGGGGUGGAGAUCGCGCUCCUCACCAGUCUGAUGGAUCUAAAACUGGUCACACAGAACUGCUGGGCAACGUCCACGUCUGAUUCACCCGACCACAGCAUCGAGACGGCUGGCUAUUUUCUCAUUCAAAAUAGAUGUCCAGCCGACCCGACGACAAAAUACAUCCAGGCAGACAGCCAGAACAAGUUGAGAUUUCUCUUCAAGACUUUCGAGUAUAUCAGAAAACAAAGUGAAGUCUACAUCGUCUGCAAUCUUCUGGUCUGUAAUAAAACCGACCAAUCAGCGAGAUGCACCACUGAUUGCGAUACCGGAAACCGUCAAAGCAGAAGCGUGGACCAAUCAGCGAGUGACUUACAAGUUGUUCAAGGUCCGCUCGUGUUUAAGGACCAGUCCGCAGGUGCUAAGAAGAAGAUUCCCCUGCCUAUCAUUCUCGGUGUUGUUAUAGCCGUUGUUGUGGUGGUGAUGGUGAUUAUUACAGUGAUGGUGGUCAGAUCGAGAAAACUGUCCGGUGAUUUUUCACCGCCAUACAGCGAAUACGAAACUAAGUACGAAAAGGUGGCGAUGCUGGAUUUCGACUGAAGAAAAAACUAUCAGACUUCUCUUAAAGGGACAGACACAAGUUUUUAAACACUACAGCAUAUUUUUCACUAUUAGAAUCGUUUAUGAUAACUGAAAUCAAACAUUACUUAUAUUUUAUUCUUUAGAUUAUCCAUUUCCGUAUAACCGAAGUGUUUCUGGUCAUCCUUGUGUUUGUAGUACUAAAAAUUGCAUUUUUCAUAUUUUUAAAAAAGCACGUGCAUCUGAGAAGUAGCUGUUUAUUGAUUAGAAUUCUAGUAUAUUUUUAAGGAUAUUUCAUGUUUUAACGUCACAUACUCUUAUUUCAUUCUAUUGUAACUUUAUCCAAACGAGUUACAGGUUUGUAAAUUGACUAAACGUAGUGUCCAUUUUUUUACGGUUUAAAACUAGGGGUCUGCGCCUUUAAUAGAAUGAACAUUGACGGACGAUAGAACACUGGCGUAGGAAGGGGUGGGAGAGGGGCGGCAAGGGGGCAUGUGGCCCCACUCUUUAUAGCACCUUCCUACGCCCGUGUAGAAUAUACAUAUAAUACAGUAAAAUGGACUAUUUUCUGUACCAUAUUUAUAGAUUUUACAAUGUUUUAGAUAUAUUGAACGCAAAUAUAGACACAGUGGAAAAUGAAGAGAACGAACAUUGUUAGGCAACAGAAUGGACACAUACUACAGUAAAUUGACUUUUUCUGCUCCAUAUUAAUAGAUUAUACAAUGUUUUACAUGUUAUAUUUUCAAAUAUUGAAUGGAAAUAUAGCCACAUCGAACUUAAAUCACUUCUCAAGAGUUUCGUAUUCUGUCAAAUAAAGGUAUCCUAGAUGUCA